AUGUCUUCGGACAGAGCCAAAGGCUUUGCUAUCCGCCGCAACACCACUUGCCAGGCCGACGAGCAGACAUGCGGCAGCACAUGGAAUACAUGGAAAGCCUGCUGCCCAGGCAACUCGUACUGCCCGGGCAAGGAUAAGAAGUACUCGAACAACAUUUGCUGUCCGGACAGUUCAAAUUGCACCGCUCUCAUUACGAAUCCUGCCAUAUGCGCGGAUAGUAGCUGGAAUCUAUAUACGCUGGAUGGCAAAGAUGAGAUGUCGGGUUCGUUCUGCUGCGAGGCGAAUCAGCAGGGGUUCUAUGUGUCGGGUCUGGGAUAUGUUGGCUGUGCGGGACCAGGAGUCACGGGCAGUGCCGACUUUAUCUACUUGGUGGCGAAGACGAAAGGCACCGUGUCGUCCACGUCCACAUCUAGUAGCACAACGGCAACUUCUAUGUCGGCAUCCGAUUCAGCCGCCAGCACGCCAUCGAACGAACCGAACAGCUCGCCAAACACGACCAACGUGGGUGCUAUAGUAGGUGGUGUUGUUGGGGGUGUUGUUGGGCUGGCUGCCAUUAUGGUAGCAGCCUUCUUUUUCCUUCGACAUCGGAAGCGACAAUCAUCGCCGCAAGGAACAAAGGCUUCUAAAUCGGGCCUGUCUCCGGGGUAUCAGCAAGCCGAACAUAGCGAGCAGACUGCACAGCGAGCAGAAAUCGGCCCUGGGACGCGACCGGCUGAAUUGAUGGGGAAUAACACGAUGAAUGUACCGACAUAUGAGUUACCGGGGAGCCAGUGA